AUUAAGAAGUGUCUUUGAGUCAUACUUCACACCGGUGAAUAAUCGACACGUCACUGUUGUUGCUUUGUAGAUAUCGUCAGUUGCAGGUUGAGCUAUUUUCUUCACUGUUCAUUUAGUUUCUUGUGAGUAUUCACGGGUAGCGGUCGUUUCAGUUAACUAACGUACAUCGGACAUCCAAAUACAACAGUCAUGUCUCUGCAAGAGCAAUUCGACAAGGCCGCUGCCAAUGUAAGGAAUCUGAAAUCUCUGCCCAGCGACAGUGACCUUCUAGAAUUAUACGCCCUCUUCAAACAGGCUACUGUUGGCGAUGCUGACCCAGCUAACAAGCCCGGUAUGUUCGACCUGAAGGGCAAGGCCAAGUUCGAGGCGUGGUUAGGCAAGAAGGGAACCUCCAAGGAGGACGCACAGAAGGCCUACAUCGCUAAAGUAGACAGCCUCAUCGCGUCCCUCGGUCUCCAAUAAGUGCAUUUAGUUCGUUGCCAGCAAUAUCGAGAUGUUGCUGGCUAUAC